AUGCACAUCAUCAAGCCGUCCUGGGUCUCGCACCCGGACGAGACGCGCCCGACCAAGCCAGACCUCACCAUCUUCUCCCUCGACGUCCAUCCGGACAACUCGCGCCUCGCGACCGGAGGACUCGACUCGAUCGUGCGUAUCUGGUCGACGGUGCCCAUUCUCAAUGAGCAGGCGGAGAAGGACGACGAGCGGUGUCCAAAGUUGCUGUCGACCCUCACGGCUCACACCGGCGUCAUCAUGUCUGUGAGGUGGAACAACGCAGGCGGGUACCUCGCUUCGGGCUCGGACGACCGCGUCGUCAUGAUCUGGGCGCACGACGGCGGCAAGGGAGGCAAGGUCUGGGGGACGGAGACGACCAACGUCGAGAACUGGAAGGCCACGAGGCGGUUGGUCGGCCACAACUCGGACGUCGCUGGCGUGGCAUGGAGCCCGGACGACGCCUACGUCGCUUCUGUUGGUCUCGACAACAUCGUCCUCGUCUGGUCCGGCCAGAACUUUGAACUCGUCCGCAAACUCGACGCCCACGCCGGCUUCGUCAAAGGCCUCGUCUUCGACCCCGUCGGCCAGUUCCUCGCGACUCAGGCGGACGACAACUCGCUCAAGGUGUGGCGGACGGACGACUGGGCGCUUCAGGCGGAUAUCACGGACCCUUUUGUCGAUGCGCCCAAGGCGACCGUUGUAAGGCCGACCUGGUCGCCCGACGGCGCGCACAUCGUCACGCCCAACUCGAUGAACGGACCCGUCUUUUGCGCCGCCGUCAUCCAACGCACGACCUGGCUCUCGCCCGCCUCGCUCAUCGGCCACCCGGACAUCGUCCAAGCAGCGUCCUAUAACCCCCUCAUCUUCCUCCGCGACCCGUCGAAACCGCCCGACAUGUCAAACGUCUGCUCGCUCCUUGCACUCUGCGCGCAGGGGACCGUCUCGCUCUGGUUCACGGAUACCUCCCAGCCGUUCGUCGUCGUCAACGACUUGUUUGACCGCGAGGCACUCGAUUUGAGCUGGAGCAGGGACGGGAAACAGCUUUGGGCGAGCAGCUCGGAUGGACAGGUCGCGGUCCUUACGUUCGAUUAUGGCGAGUUUGCGCCGGUCGCGCCGGAGGGGACGAAGGCGGCGCUGCAUGCGACGUACGGGUAUACGCCGUCACGGGCGAGGUUGGUGGCUGCGCCGGCAGUCGUUGCGAACGGGAUUGGGGCGGCUGGAGGAGCAGCCACGCCUGGAGGACCGGCUGGAGGGACGCUUGCGCAGCCCAACACGCUUGUCGCGCGCAAAGGACCUGGCGCCAAGCGUCCUCGCACCGUGCAGCUCUCGACGCAGCCUCUUCCCGCUCAGCAGCAGCCUGUCGCAUCAACCUCCGCAGCGGCGUUCGCGAGUGCUCCGACGUUGCCUGGAAGUGCGGCGUCGGCGUUCCAGCAGGCAGCGGCUCAACAGCCUGUCCCGCAGCAGAUGUUUGGCGCGCCACCCCCUCCCGCAGCCGCCUCGACCUCUCGCAAGCGCAAGGCGUCGAACGUCCCAGUCGAAGGCGGACCGACCGCUGCUCCUCCUCCCGGCGCAUACCCCCACCCGUACCCGUACCUCGCCGAAGCUCCGCCUCCUCAAAUCCCAGGCUACGGUUCCGCCCCUCGCCUCUCCUCCGCCCCGUACCGCCUCGCAGGCCACACCCUCCGCGGCGACCCCGCUCCACCAGACGAAGAGCUGCGCGAACUCGUACCCGCUUAUGCGCUGUACGAUCGCGAGGUCACCUUCCGCGUGACGAAUCGUCGGCGCGCAGAAGGUGGGAGGAAGAGGUUGGCGGUCCCGCAGGUCGUCACGUUUGGCAAGGUGGCGCUCGAGGACUCGGACGCGAAGGAUACGCUCGAGUAUAGGAACUUUGCCCAGGGCGAUCGCAAAGGCGAAGCUGAAAUCACGGUCGUCACGAGCAAGAAGCCGCUCUGGACCGACUACGUGCCGAAGUAUGUCGUCAACGCGACGGGCAGCCCGGUUUUCUCGGCCGUUUCGCUCGAGGAUGGGUCGAUGGUCGCGUGGAGUCCGACGGGAAGGCGGCUGAUACCGACCCUUGUCCUCGACGCGCCUUGCUCGUUCCUCACGGCCGAAGGAUCGUACCUCAUGGCCAUCACCGCGCUCGGCACGCUCACCGUCUGGAACCUCUCUCCCUCGAUCCCGAAACCCCGCUCGAUCUACCCACCUCUGAACAUCUCGUCCCUCCUCGCCUCUUCCGCGACUCGCAUCCACCCCGAUCCCGCCAUCACGACUUCGGCCCUCCUCCCGAACGGCUCGCCUCUCCUCGCUCUCGACUCGGGCGCGACGUUCUCGUACGACGCCGACCUCGCGGCCUGGACUCGCGUCAGCGAGGCCUGGUGGAGCAAGGCGGAUACGUGGGAAGGACGGAGAGGACGGCAUAGUGCGCCUGGAGGUGCGGCGGGACGCGGAAUUGUCAAGAAAAUCGAGGCCGCCGUCAAUGAGAUUGUCGUCGACGACCAGCAGGUCGAGCAGGACGAGACGACCGAUGAGGAGGAUGCGGACGAGGGCAAGAAGGCGGACGGGGAUGUCGAGAUGAAUGGCGGCUCGGCAGACAAGGGCAAGGGCAAAGCGGUUGAGGGCGAAGACGAAUCGGACGACGACGAGCCGCGACCGCCGAAGCGCACCGUCCCUCAGGGCUCUCCGACGGAACCGCAAGGCGGCGCAGGCGACUUCCGCAUCGCCGUCACGCUCGCCCACCUCGAGACGCGCAUCAAGGCCGCGCAGGCGCUCGAUUCGCCCGCGGAGUACCGCAACUUCCUCCUCGCCUACGCCAAGCGCCUCGCCGACGAGGGCCUGCGGAGCAAGGCGGAGGAGCUCAUCAAAGAGCUGCUCGGGCCGAUCUACCACAAUCCGAACAGAAAGGAGGAGGAGUGGUCGCCCACCGUGCUCGGCUUGCAGAAACGCGAUCUCCUGCGGGAGGUCUUGCGCGAGUUGGCCAAGCAGAGAACGACGACUCCGCUCGCGAACGAGUACCAGGACCUGCUGAAGAAGGUACAGACCGCAUGA